AUGUCCAAAACUUCGGUAGGCGAUGUCUAUGCGAAAGUCAUAAAUGAUGUCUGCGAGGCGUCACGGCAAGACUUCGAGGAAGGCGGUGUUGAGCUGGCGACUCUUGAACUGCUGAAAUCGCAUACUGUGCCAAAGAAGAGAUGCACCGGCGAAGACGAAGAUGAGGAAUCCAUUUGCGUUGGCAUGGGACUGCGGGAUUGUCGCAGGGCAGACGGCAGAGCGCUGAGGGCGAGCGUGGGCGAAGGUGGCGGGCGAGGCGGGGAUCGGAAGGUUCUUGAGGGCACCCCCUUCCCUGACUCAUACCCUCUUUUUAUACGCCCUGAACGCCACCGCUGCGCCUGCGCACUACAUCAGCCCACCCACUUGUUCUGCACUAUUCCCCUUUUGGCUUUCGCAACAACGCCCGUCUCUGUUUUAGCGCGGCGCUGUGGUUGGUAUACUGACCAAGUCCCUCUGCAGGAAUGGCAGAAGAAGCUCUCUGGUCUCAAAGUCGCGCAGCUUCCAUGGGAUCCUCCUCCAGUCCCUGUCAUCAAGGAACAGAGCGUCGUUCCCAGCAGCGCGAAGCCGACCCCACAAACUCUCCCGAGCAAUGGAACCACUGUCAGCACUCCACCAUCUCAACAGGCCGCUCCUCCAGCGCCUCAGAUCAAGAGGGAAAAUAGUGCUCCCUCCUUUUCUGCUCAGCAAGCCCCCCCUCCUCCUCAGCCUUACCAGGCUCCCUCAUUCCAACAGGGCCAACCCUUGACAGCUCGCGAUCGAGCGAUCAUGAAUCUUCACCAGAGUUUUGGUCAACGAGCCGGGCCUCAGAUUGCACAACUUCAAUCCGGCAACCCACCUCGUGCACCCAUGCAACAAUCCGCCGCUCCUUCAAGCAACUACAUCAAGCAGGAAGAGUCUAACUCUGGGUUCGCCGACAUUCAGGACUAUACCGCUGACAUCAAAUCUCAACCCCAAGCUGCCGUUAAUGCAAGUCAAACCGAUGGAUCGUGCGAUGCUCGUGAUGGCUGGGAAACCGAAUAUGCUCGACGAAAAGCAUUCGCCGCUGCACAUGGUGGUGAAGGUGAUGGUCUGAUGCGUGCCCAUUUCCAGGCCAAGCAGCAAGAACUCGAAGGUGGUGGUCUUCUGAUGGCACUCGAUGAACGCGAUAUCCCAAACAGAGCCCUAACUCGGAACCUCAAGACUCUUUUCGCAUCGGAGGCCUGCGCCAACAACACAAGCAUCAGUCGUGCACAAGGCGACGCGACAGGUGAUGAUGAUGAUGGGGAUGACGAUGAGGAUGCCAUCAACUCCGAUCUGGACGAUCCUGAUGACCUGGCCGCAAACGAGGAGAAUGGCGAGAAUACGGAUCAGGUCAUGCUGUGCACCUAUGACAAGGUCCAGCGUGUUAAGAAUAAGUGGAAGUGUACCCUUAAAGACGGUAUUUUGCGGGUUGAGGGUAAUGAGUAA